ACAAUGCAUUACUUAGGAUACUUUACAAGUUUUAUGUUACUGUUGCUUGUUUUUCUUCAUAAUACCUCUCAAGAGCCAACUCCUGUUGAUCCAAAAUGUUCCGACCCCAUUACAGAAAUUAGUCGAUGUUGUACCGACUAUAGAACAAUUGGAAAAAAAUGUUACCCAUGCAUGGACUCCUUUGGAUUUGAAUGCAGUAAAUCAUGUCCUGAGGGAUACCAUGGUUUAAAAUGUCAGGAUGAAUGUCAUUGUAAUAAUACAACACAAUACACUGUUGGAUGUAAUACGACAGCAGAGACUUGUUUCAAUAUAACAGAAGAAAUACAUAAUGUACGCGAAGAAAAGGGACCAAUGACAUGGAUACCCAUUUUGUUUGGUCUGCUUGGAAGUACUGGAUCUCUCGCAGUUCUUUUUUUAACGCUCUACGUGAAAGAAAGGAAGAAAUUAGUUCAAAAGGAAACAGUUUUGGAAGAUCCACUAAGAGAGGAAAAUGCAAACAAUGAACAUGAACAGGACGAUUAUGACAGCAUUAGAGAAUCUCGACUGGUUCUUGACGAGGACAGUGCCUGUAGCGGCCAGAAGAGGUUUAAAACAUUAGAUAGAGUUAGCUACGCAAAGACCGGGAGCAUUCAGAAUCCUUACAAUCAGCUCAGCUUUAACAGACUUAAAAGUCGAACAAUGGACUUCAGGAAUGGUGAAUUAUAUGAUAUAUCUGAAACUGACUCGCUUAAAAUGGACGUCGGCGAUUAUGUGACUGUUGCAUCCGAUAAAGCCGACUCUGGACUUUUAAAAUCAAAUGACUCUGAAGAAGAUAAUGAUGAACCAUAUAAUAAUUACUACAGUGAUGUGGCGAACAGACAACCUGAGAAAGAGCAAUAUGGUGAAAAGGGGAAACAAAAUACUGAUAUUUCAGAAAAAAAGCCAAAAAAUGUGUCAAAGGCUCAAAAUAAGAAACCAGCAAUAAAACCAAAACCUGCACACCUUGGCAUUCCAAUCAAAAAAGAAAAUAACGAGCACAAAAAUAAUAGACCAUAUAGUCUUGAAAAACAAUUAGACUGAAUUGAUGAUAAAAGAGAAAAUAAAA